AUGGGAUCAAAUGCUGCUAUAGAAGAGUUUAUCCAACGCAAGCUUGGCGUGGUCUACAAAAAAGGGUCUUCUACAGUCAAAGUGUACUGGCAAUAUCCUGAUGAUGGUGGAAAUGGCGUCAAACAAUUUAGUGUGGAUGACCUCGUCACUGCCCUGUUUGCAUUGGUCACAUUGGCUAAAUCCGUGGAUGAACACUUUCCUGACGACCACAAGGAUAUUCUAUUGAGCUUCCGUAACCUUCCAUGGGAUGCUACUUUGGCUCCUCGUCAAUGCUCAUUCAAGUGCAAGGUCCAAUGA